AUGUGCUCCAGCUUUGUGCUGUUCUUUAAUCCAUUCAAGAUUUCAGUCCAUUUGCUUUCAGUGCUAAUACUGCUGUGUGUGUCUCUUUCUACAUCCAUCCUCUCUGUUUCUCUCACUCACGGCAGUAUCAGCAUCGACCCAGCCCAGGCCAACGGCUUCCUGUCAGCGUCCCGACCCAGACGCAGUGCCGACCCGCGGUGGUACCGCAAUAGUCCCGACUUCCAGGCCUACUACCGCUACUACAACAGCAUCGGACACGUGGAGGGGCUGUACGAGAUCGACCGGAUCAGAAUGCUGUACCAGCAGAUGCGGAACCUGGAGCACCUGCACGGGCCCGACGCCUCCUUCUACCAGAACAAACUGGGCGUGCUGCCCGUCAAGUGUGACCCGUCCAAGGACAAGAAAUGCAAAGCCCCGCCCAGCACCCCGGCCCCGCCACCUCCGCUCUCUCAGGCUGACGUCAUCCACCUGUGCAAUGUCAGAGACCCGCUGUGCAAGCCCCACAUCGUCUACCUGCCCACAGGUGCCAUCCCGGUGCUCUGCGACCCCCGCUUCCACCCUGCCUGCAAACCCAAAACAGGGGACGCCGCUGCGGCACCCGCUCCACCUCCACCCCCUCCCAAAAAAUCUGCCCCGCCCCCACCUCCCCCACCCCCUCACAAAAAAUCUGCCCCGCCCCCGCCCCCACCCCCUCCCCCUGCACCUAUCCACUCUUACAAAGGGAUGGAGUAUGACUGCGACCCAUACUGGGACCCCGACUGCCUGAUUGACCACCCCCCCAGACCCGUCAAAGGGAAGCCCGCCCCCCCACCGGCCACGCCUGUCCAGGGGGACGAAGAGGAGGCUGGGGAGGAGCCGGCACCCCGGGCUGAGCCAAUCAGAAAGGGCAAAAAGCUCAGCACGUAUCCCCACUACUACCAGCAGGAGCUGUACGACCCGCGUCGCUUCUCCUACCCUGCACCGGACAGCCCGUGA